AUGGGGGGAUACAGUACAGCAAAACAGCAGCUGCGAGCUCAAGAAAAAGGAAGCAGAAUUGAUGAGAGUGCCGUCAUCAUCGGUCGAGUGCGGCAACACGCCAUCUGGGCAGUCUUUGUGGAUCCCGUUGAAGGCGCCUGGCCCAGUUCGGCACCAGCGCUCCGUCCUGUCGAGCCGCUCGGCGUGUGCAUUCCUGCAAAGCGUCGCUCCUGCUUCGCCCAUCUGCACGGUUGCGUGCGAAACGGCAGUGGAACACGCUCGUCGCUUGCCGAGCGCGUGGCCGAAGUCCUGUACCGUUUAAACUACGUCGCUGUCCCAGUGCAUUAUUGGUACAAGGCCGAUGCCGCCCUCCUCACCAUCUCGCUCUCCGCUGCUUGUUCUCUUGGUUUCCGUCACCUCGCCCUCGAACUUGGCUACAUCGCUAUCCCAACCAAGCCUCUCGCUGCGCUCCUGACAAUCAACACCUCCCCCCAUCCGCGCCGGCCCGACCCUGACGCCGCAGACUUCGCAUCGCAGAGGUGCAACACCAUGGCAACUAUGAUCAUGUCGCAGCACACAGCCGCACCCAGCGCGAGCGCAGGAUACCCGGCGUAUCUGGGCUCUUCAUCGUCGUCUUCGUCGUCUUCUUCCGAAUCAUCGUGCUACUACGCUUCGUCCUCCUCAUCGCCAUCCUCGACACCUCCGCCUCUGGCGUCAGCACCGGCAGCAGCGCUGCAAGCAGCGACGAUGGUGUACACGCAUCCGCCCGAGGAAUCGUUGCCGUUUGUCGUGCUCGUUGUGGACGACAACGCGAUCAAUCGCAAGGUGCUUACCAUCCCGCUUCGCAAGCAAGGGAUCCAGGUGGUCGAGGCCGAGAAUGGGCUCGAGGCGGUCCAGAUGUACGCGCAGGUGCGACCGGCGCUCGUACUGAUGGACAUCUCGAUGCCUGUUAUGGACGGAUUCGAAGCGACACGGCAGAUCCGCAUGCACGAGCAAGCGCAAUCGGCAACCAUGCCCGACAUUGACGGCGAAGGAGCAGGAGUGGACGAAGUGGUCAAUAUGCUCCUCACGCAUCAGCGCGCGCGCAUUGUAGCGGCGACAACGCAUUCGGCGGAUCGAGACUUUGCCGAAGGCAAAGAUGCAGGCAUGGACGACUGGCUUCUCAAACCCAUCCGUCCCAGCACGCUCGUCAAGGACAUCCUCGAAUUUAGGCGGAACCACCUGCAGGACUUUGCUGCCACUCUGGCCGCACUCGCGACCGCACCUGUCAGCAUCGCCGCCGGCGAAGCCGCGAUGGAAAUGGUGCUGGACCAGGCAUCAACACCAACAGCCACAACAGCCGCUUUGGCAGCAUAG